AUGAGGCGGCUCCCGCGGCGGGACGGGGCCGGGCCCCCGCGGGAGAGCCUGCGGAACGGCUACGUGCGCAGCUCGGCCAGUCCGCUGCGCGAGGACCCUCCGCGCGGCUUCUUGUACCACGUCUGCCGCUUGUGCAACGUGGAACUGCUGCUGCCCCGCGCCUCCUCCUCCUCGUCCCCGCCAGCCGGCCCCGCGCCGCGCCGCGCCCCCGACGGCGCGCCGGCCAGCUCCGCGCUGGGUGCCCUCGCAGGCUUGGUGCUCGCCCGGCUCCUGUGGCCCGAGGGCUGCGCCCGCCUCGGCCGCCCGCUGGGGCUACUGCUCCGCGGGCUCUCGCACGUUCUGUGCCCGCUCUUCAGCCUCGCCUGUGCCUUCUUCUUCUUCACCUGCUUCCUGACCCGGCCGCGCCGACGCCGCCUCCGCCUCCACCGGGGCUCCCGUCCGGCCUGGGGACUCCUGGCGCUGCCUGCCUGCUGCUAUGUGGGGGACCUGGUGCUGGCACAGUGGGGCCCCGGGCCCGGGGGGCAGCUCCUGGUGCUGGGGAGGCUGUUGCUGGUGCUGACCUGCGUGGGGGUCCUGAGCCUACUGCAGCCCGUGCAGCCCACGCGCAGUGUCCUGGUGCUGCUCUUCUCCAGCGUGGUCUGGUGGGUGUCCGUGGCAAGCCUCAGCCUCCUGCCCGCCGCCCUCCGACCCUUGCUUUCCUGGCUCGCCGGGGGCAUCGGCACUGGGCUGGCACUGGGGCUCGAUCGCUUCUUCCCGCUUUGGGAAGCUCCCUCUCUGCCUCGCCUGAGCGGGGAGGGCAAAGUGCCUGUGAUCAGACCCAGGAGAAGGUCCAGCUGUGCGCCCAUAGGUGAGACUCCCACCAGUUUCAGGAGCCAAACGUCCCGGAGACCUUCGUUGCCUUGCAUUUCCAGAGAACAGAUGAUUCUUUGGGAUUGGGACUUGAAGCAGUGGUCUAAACCCCAUUAUCAGAAUGCUUCGCGAGGAACUGAUGUUGAUCUUUCGAUGCUAAAUGAGGCUCGCCAAAUGGUGGCAGAACUAAUGCUGGAUCCAGCCCUUCCCCCACAUGUGAUCACUUCUCUUCGAAGCAUGGAUAGCUUGAUGGGUGCUUUCUCCAAAUCAUGUAGGCCAAAUAGCAACACAUUCCCACUGUUUUCUGGGUUUAAUCCUUGCUGUGAAAUAGAGGACCCAGAUGAAAAAGACACAAAACCUAACAAGAUUUCAAAUAAUAGAAAUAGUUUACUGAUGCUACAACUAAGGAGAAGUUCAAGAGCCUCAGGUCUCCCUCUGCCACCUCCUGAACAGUCUCCUUCAAGAUGGGAGUAUGGUAACAGAAGGAACACUCUCUGGCAACAAAGUACUUCAAGCCUAGAAUCUCCAGAUUCAAAUGUAUUUACAUUCCCAAAGCAAAGGUCAUCUUCAGUAACCUUGACUGACUAUAGGAGUCCUCUGAGAUCUGGUGCUUCACCCAACCUGAAUCCUGAGAAUUCACCUAGCCAUGAACCAGUGCCCACUGGGUCCCUAGUUAACCAGUCCAACAUAGGAUUUCCUGACCCUACUGAUUCUCUUACUAAGUCAAGUGCUCCUUUACACAAAUCUCUGGGGAAAGCACUAAACAGUCCAGAUUUGCCUCAGCAAUUUAAAACUUCUGGUAGCCAUAUCUGUAACAGUUGUGGACGUGAGGUACUGAAGCAUGUUUCAAUACAUGAAUCAGAAUAUGAUACAGAUGACCAGGGUGGAAAACCAGUUGAAGAGGGAAACACCAAUAUUGCCCAAGAACCCAUCAAAGAGGCUGGAGAAGAGCCAGAACAGGAGCCAGAUAAGGGACUUGGCAGAGAACUGAAGGUGGAGGAAGAGGAGAAAGAGGAGGAGGAGGAUGGAGGAAAAGCAAGUGAAGAGGGCCCAGAAGAUGCCCAGGACAAGCCCUCUGAUAAACCAGGAGAGGACUUAACUAAUGACCUAGACAGGUACUACUCCCAGAAGGCCUUGGAGGAGGAAGAUGAAGAAAAAGAAAAGGAAGAGAAGAAAGAAGAGAUGGUUCCAGGUGCUCAGCAGAAUAAACACUCAAAGUGUCCUUAUGAAAAUGCUGAGAUCAAUGAGGCUCAUUUACUGGAACUAAUAUUAAGAGAGGAUCAUGAUGCACUAAUAGCAAAGAUGAACAACUGGAAUUUCCCCAUUUUUGAAGUCAUGGAAACGAUGGGAGGAAGAUCGGGAAGGAUCCUGAGCCAGACUAUGUAUACCUUGUUUCAAGACACUGGUUUGAUGGACAUGUUCAAAAUCCCCGUUGCAGAAUUUGUGAGCUACUUCCAUGCAUUAGAAAAUGGCUACCGGGACAUUCCUUAUCACAAUCGAGUACAUGCUACAGAUGUCCUACAUGCAGUUUGGUACUUGACAACUCGGCCAAUUCCUGGAUUUAAACAGAUCCGUCAGGAUCUCGUGAAGGUGAUUCGCACAGAAUAUAGUACUGGACUCUCCCCUAUACGCAUUUCAUAUACUUCCUCCAAAAGUUGCCCAAUGACAGAUCCAAACUAUGGCUGUGUGGCAUUGAACAUCCCUGCCUUGGAAUUGAUGGCUCUUUAUGUGGCAGCUGCUAUGCAUGACUAUGAUCACCCAGGACGAACAAAUGCAUUUUUGGUGGCUACCGGUGAUCCUCAGGCUGUGUUGUACAAUGAUCGCUCCGUCCUGGAAAAUCAUCAUGCUGCUGCUGCUUGGAACCUGUUUCUUUCUCGCCCUGACUUCAACUUUCUUAGUAACCUUAAUCAACCAGAAUUUAAGCACUUUCGUUAUUUAGUGAUUGAAGCCAUUCUGGCUACAGAUCUCAAAAAGCAUUUUGAUUUCCUUGCUGAUUUUAAUACUAAGGCCAAUGAUGUGAACAGUUCUGGCAUCCAGUGGAAUAGUGAGGAUGACCGACUCUUAGUUUGUCAGGUGUGCAUUAAAUUGGCCGAUAUCAAUGGUCCAGCAAAAGCCCAAGACCUGCACGUGCGGUGGACGGAAGGGAUUGUCAGUGAGUUUUAUGACCAGGGAGAUGAAGAGGCCAGUCUUGGGCUGCCCAUCAGUCCUUUCAUGGAUCGCCACUGUCCACAGCUUGCCAAGCUGCAGGAAUCUUUUAUCUCUCACAUAGUGGGGCCCCUGUGUAAUUCCUACAAUGCAGCAGGCUUACUUCCUGGCCUGUGGAUCGAGGAAGAGUGUGACGAUGCUGCAAGUGAGGAAUUUAGUGAAGAAUUACCUUUGGAAGAGGAUAAUGCUCAUGCCACUGCUGCUACAGCGUCUGCUGCUUCUCCUUCUAGUGCCAGGCCGAAACUACAACGAAAAAAAAGAGUCAAGCACCGGAAGUUUUGCCAGCUAACACAGCAUCUAAAUGAAAAUCACCAGCUGUGGAAGAGGCUAGUUGAGAGAGGAAGUGAGGACUCUGCUGGAGACGGCAAGCUGGGUGGGGAGGGCCACGGUCCACUUCCAUCUCCGACCAAAGAACUCUAAGUCCAGGAGGAAGCGGAUGAGGAA